AUGCAUCCAAUUACCAACCGCACUAAAUGCACCAAGACCUCAUCUCUAUUCCCACGGUGGAGGCCUCGGCACCGUCCCGCUUUGGUCCUGCCUCCCGCCAACCGUCACCCCGUCACCGUCAUGCCGCACCAGCACAUCCACCCCUCCACACCAUCCACCACUACCACCAUGAUCACAAUAUCUCGCCGUCCUGAAACCUCGCAGUCACUUCCUCACCAUUCAGAUUUAUCCCUCACUCCUAUUACCACACACAGCCACCAGUCCUCCUCCACACCCCCUCCUGCAAAAUCAGCCAUGACCAAUCGCCUGUCACACCACGAACACAUACCUACAACCUCCUACACAUACCUACAACCUCCCAAACCAACAUUACACGCUUCACUCUCCCAAUACAACUUGACACCAGCACGAUACACCUACACCCUCCCAGCUAAUACUCCGUACUACACUUCCACUACACCUACACUCUCCCAGACCACCAUCCCACACUUCACUCCCCACCCAUCCCUCCCAGCUACACUUCAAACACAGCACCCAGCACAGAGCACCCAGCCAGACCUUCCUCCAACCCAAACACACGCACUUCAGACGAACACUCAUUCAUCCUUCACCAACCUGCCGCGAGAAACCUAA